UUUAGAGAAAUAGUGAGGAGAGCAGAGGUGUCCUGAUUCUUGAUUCUUCCAUAAGCUGGCAUUCUGAUUCUGCCGCACCGUCAGCCUUGGCUUACCCUAUUCGCUGUGGACGCUACGCCUAUCCAAUCCCAACUCUAUCCCCAAUCUCUCUCUCUCCAUACCGUCUCCAUCUUCCAUCAUCUGAACAGGGGAACUGUGCAGUUGAAGGGUUGAGCCUUUUUUUUGGGGGGGGGGGGGGGGGGCACCAAAUGGGAAGGGUCUUUGUGGUUGAGCUCGAGGCCAGGGCUUAUGAAUGCAAGUUCUGCAAAACCCACUUGGCUCUGGCUGAUGAUCUCGUCUCUAGGGCUUUUCACUGCCGCAGGGGAAAGGCAUACCUCUUCAAUAAUGCGGUGAAUAUCACAGUUGGUGCUCAAGAGGAGAGGAUGAUGAUUUCAGGAAUGCAUACUGUAGCAGAUAUAUUUUGCUGCUGUUGUGGACAAAUUGUUGGCUGGAAAUAUGAGAUGGCACACGACAAGACCCAAAAGUAUAAAGAAGGGAAAUUUGUUCUUGAAAGGUACAUGGCACCCUCAAUUAUUUUAGAGUUGGGAUUGUUCUUUUCAGUUUUCUCAACACCCAUGAUCAAACCUGCACUUAUUUUUCUCAUCCUGUGCAUUUCUAUGAAAUAGAGGGAGGAUCAUUGAUGGGGUUGACUCAGAAUUCUACAUCGAUACCCGAGCUAACAUGAGUGAUGCUGAAGAUGCUUGAUCCGAUAAUUAAUAUGGGUGUACCACAUUAUGAGAGUAAGAAGAGAUGCAGGCAUGUAUGUGAAUAGUAGUAUGAGAAUAUGGUUCCAGUCAGUAUAUGAGCUGCAUGGAUGGAUAGAUGGAUACUCGCUCUCUUCCCCUUUUCCUUUUUUGGUUUUUAGUUUCUGUCGUGUAAUAUGAUAAGGUGUUGUGGUGGUGAAUCUUAUAGAAAAUGUAUACUAUUUAUUUAGAAAUUAGUGUUCAUAAGCCUCUCGGCUUUAUUUUAUACUGUAUCUGGAAAUAUUGGCUGAGAAGGCUUCGAACUUACUUGGCUUUGAGGCAA